AUGGGCCCCAAAAAACACACGGGCACGCCCGCGGCCCGGCGCAAAGCACAUGGCGCCGCUGCAGGGCUGCAGAUUUCGGCUACUGGCGGCACGCGGCGUGGCGGCGCCCACCAGGGGCGCCAGCCGCCCAUUCCUGGCGCCACGGGGCCGUUUCCGGCACGGGCCGGGCGGCCGGGCGAGGCGGAAACGCUCCAGAGCAGCCCGGAUUUGGACGGCGCGGCCGCGGCGCGGAAAACGGCGAAACGGCGGAGGAAAGACGGGGGGCAGGAGACGCAGCUGCUGUUGGGCGGGGCCGGAGACUACAGCCGGCGCCGUGCGGCGGUGGGGAUGGAAGCGAGAGGCGAGGAUUUGGACAUUUUAAAAGAGAGUGAGAGAUUGGAAGAGGGUGGGGGUGUAGGAGAGGGUGGGGGUUUAGGAGAGAGUGGGGGUUUAGGAGAGAGGACGGGAUCUUCAUGGAGUAGGCCGGAGUCUGCCGGGCCGCAGGGGAGGCCAUCCGGAAAGGGCCGGGGAGACGCCGCCGAGCCCAGCGACAUGUCUGGGGAUCCCAGCGACAUGUCUGGAAAGACCAGAGACACUGCUGGAAGAACCAGCAACACCGUUGGAAAGAGGAGAAACACUGCUGGAAAAAGCAGAAACACCGCCGGGGAACCUAGCGACGAGUUUGGAAAUCCCAGAGACACUUCUGGGAAAACCAGCGACGACUUUGGAAAUGCCAGCGACACUUCUGGGAAAACCAGCGACACCGCUGGAAGAAGCAGAAACACGUUUGCAGAUCCCGGCCACGAGUUUGCCGAUCCUGGCAACGCCGCCGCCCGCCGCCUCCCCCCGAGACGCGCCCGCCAGCCGCCACUCAUCAUGCACAUCCCCAAGUUGGCGCCCGCGGCCCGCCGCGCCGCGCCGCUGUUCGUCGAGCCCGCGUUGGCGCCGCCCACGCCCGGCUACUCCGGCCACGCGUUGGAAACGCCGCCGCCGCUCAAGCUCCGCCGCGGCCGCAAGCCCAAGGCCCCCGCCGCCCGCGGCCCGCGGCCCGCCGCGCCCUCGGACGCCCAGCUCCAGCUCCGCGAGCACGCGUACGCCCGCCACUUGCAGACCGCGCGCCUGGACUCGCUCACCGCCGCCUUCCGCGACGCGUGCGUGCUCGACGCCGCGGCCCACCACAACUUCCUCCGCUUCGUGCGCGCGAACGACGGGCUCUUCAGGCACGCGGGCCAGCCGCCGCUCGACCCGGCCGCGCCGUCGCUGCUCGCCGACUACCGCGAGUUCCAGGCCCGCAGCUUCCUCUCGCCCGACACCGCCGCCGUGGACGCGUUGCGCGCGGCCGCUGGCGCCAGCCCCGUGCCCGGCGCCGGCCCCGGCGCCGCCUCCGCCCCGGCGCACGACAACUUCGCGGCCGCCGGGCGCGUCGUGGCCCGCAGCUCGGGGCGCCCGGCCAAGGUGCUCCUCAUGACCAGCGCCGACGACCCGCGCCACCACCCGUUCGUGUACCGCGUGCCGGAGCACCAGGUGGUGCUCGACUUCGUGGACAAGGCGCGCCGCUCGCGCAGCGCCAUUCUCCAGGACAUCAUGGACUACGACAGCAGGAUCGCCGCCGACAAGGCCCGCGACGGCGACGCCGUGCGGGCGCUCUUGGCGAUCCACACUCGCGCGAGCCUGCCUGCCUGGGACAGAGGCCUGGGGGGGAAGGACCGCAAGCAGAACGGCUGCGCGCCCAAAACCAAGUCUGCGGUUGGACUCGAUACCGCGGCUGGAGCCGACACCACGGCUGGAGCCGAUAUCACGGGCGGACUCGAUACCACGGCUGGACUCGCCACCACGGCUGGACCCAACAUCACGGCUGGACCCAACAUCACGGCUGGACUCGGCACCGCGCCCAACCUCGGCACCACGCCCAAACUCGAGCCCGCGCCGGCCGACGUGCGCCAACUCACCGACACCCUCUUCGGGCCUUCCGCAGGCAGCAUGCUGGAUGCGGCCCAGCUCCAGCUGCUCCGCUCGCUCAUACAGGCAAAGGGCAGGGACGCCCUCUUACGAUUCUUGGCAUCAUAG